AUCAGCGGCUUUAGCAGUACUCGUAUGCUCCGUGGUGCAAUAGUACUGAGAAUUCUCUUAGGAGUGGUUUGAGGAAGAUGAGUGCGUCAUCUCAACCAAUUGAUUUUUCUCGGCAUCAGUUCUACGGGAAGACUUCGCGAGGCACCAUCCUCGGAACUCACACUGUUGGGCUUGGAUAUGUCGUUGUUAUGUUCGUCCUUCUUUUUUGGUUAGAAAUUUUUGAAGUGAUACCAAUAUUGUUUACGAACUCUGUCGGGCUGCUGGCGACAAAUUUGAUACUUUUUAUCUACAUUAUGAUCAAUGCUGUUGGAAACUAUUUCUACGUAGUAACGACUGACACAUCUCAUAAGAGGCUGGAGGAAUUCAGCGAGGGGCGCGAUGGAGAUUUCUAUUGCCAAUCGUGCGAACAAAAUUCGCCUCCAAGGUCACAUCAUUGUUCGUUUUGUGACAGGUGUAUAGUUAGGCGUGACCAUCAUUGUUUCUUUGCGGCAGCCUGCAUUGGUCACGCAAAUACGCGUUUCUUUGUCGUCUUUAAUUUUUUCGCAUUCGUCGGAUCAGCUUAUGUGGCGAUCAUAAACUUAUUUUAUUUACAUCUGAAAAUCGGUCCUUUGAUUCCUCUCAGUUUUGAGGCCAUCUGCAAAGUUGUUCCACUUUUGACAGUCUUUAAAGUAUGGAAUGGAAGUGUCACGUUGUAUUAUUUCUUGGUGGUUGUUGUAACAUGGCUAUGUAUUGUUCAAACUCUGGGUUGUGCCAGCUGUUGCUUCUUUCAACUGACAUUGAUUUUCUCUGGGCAAACAACCUAUGAAUGGCAACAUAAAAAUUUCAUUUACAGCAAAGGUUGGAAGAAAAACUUCUAUGACAUUUGUGGACAAAAGUGGUACCUCUGGUGGUUUUUCCCUAUUUUUCAGUGGCAAAAACUUGCAUCAAGGGAGGAAGAAUAUUAUGCACAGUAUAGUUCUAAAACAUCAAAGUAUGUCUGAGUACAUAAUUAUCAUGAUAAUGGUCAAUCAUUUAUUUUGCUUUCUCAUCCAAGUAUCCACUGAAGUAUCUUAUAUACUCAUCUAUGAUAGGCUCAAUAACCUGCCACUGUUUGGGAAUAUGAGCCCACACUCCCCCCCUUGAACCAGUGAGGAGCAAAAAGUGGUCAGGAGAGAUCGGCAAAAAUCAAGCUUAAUCUAUGAUUACUCCACAUUUUCUUCAAAGAAAGGGAAGUUCACUUUGAGUAUCAUUUGUUCCACUUUAGAUCACCUUGGAGGGCAACCUUGUUGUGGUCAGAUAUUUAGAAGUAGCCUCUACCUUUUUCUUUGGCUUAUUUUGCCAAUGCCACACUUCUUGCACUAAAAUUAUCACCAGUCCCUAUUGACUGAGGGUUCAGAGCAGGCAUGCUUGUUUGUAAGGGAUUUCACAAGAAAUGACGAGCAACCUGAGUUGAUUUAAGUGUAUAUUGUUCACACUCUUAAUGGUGAUUCAACUUGAACUACAAAUCUAUAAAUCAAUCUAGGCUAUUGUCAAGAAGCCCUUAGCCCUAAAAGAUAUCUCAUGUGGGGGAGCAUGAUACUAUGUUUUCAUGCAUUGUUUAAUAACAUAGACUUAGUUAAUACAAAAUACUAUUCUACAUUACCCCAAUACAAUUCACUAAAUUACUGUGCCAAGUUAAUAACAUACUAUAACAAGAGGGUAAGAGGGGUUUCUGCAUGAUGAGGGGAUUAAGUGAUCAAGGGAUUAAUUUUUGUGGCCUGUGAGAAGAUGAAAUUAACACCCUAAGAACUGUGAAUUUUUGGCAUUUAAUUAACGAUUUGCAUGUUGUGUGCACAGGACCCCCUCCCCCCCACUCUACCUCCUCUAAAAAUCACACACAGACACACCCACCCACACCCAUGCACACACACUUGAAAUAAGUAAGGGUAGGAGAAGGGUAUGAGUUGCAAGAGGCUUUAUCCUAGUGAAGAAUCAUUUGGUUUCCUAUUCAGGUUUUAUUUUUAUUUUGUUGCAACAACAGAAAUUGAAUGUGGACUAAAAAAAAGGAGAAUUGAUGACUGAAAAUAACAAAAUGAAGCAAUUGAUGCUCUAUCCUUGUGGAUAGAUUGAGGAUUGUGGGUUCAUUUUCUGAACAGUGGUUCUUAAUCGAGCGUAUGGUCUACCUAACACUCAACAAAGUGCAUCUGCAUGUGCGACUGUUGUAAUAACUAGGUGGGGUACUUUCAGGCUGUCAGAACCCUUUAACUCCCAUAGGUGACCAAGACAGAAUUUCUCCUUACAGUAUCAAUACAAUAUCAACCAGAUGAGUGAUGAGAAAAAAGAAAAAUAUCAAAUUGGGGAUAGUUAGUUGAUUUGAUACUUAAUUCUCUGAACUAACAUUAUAAUAAUUGUAUGGUUGACAGUAAGGAGAAUUACAAAUUUUAUCUGGGAGUUAAAGGGUUAAACAAGUUGCAAACAACCACACAAGCCAGUGAGUCAUGGUGUUUUGGAAUAAAUUUCUUGAAGAAG